CAGCACACAGCACGGCAGAGGGUUAACUAAAUCACGUCGCGCGCGUCUCGCGAGUGCACACUUACGUACUGGCCAAGUCAAUACAUAGAGAAAAUAUGUGUCGUACGUAGCAAGUUUCCUCGUAUACAUACGUAUGCCAUUCGUUUAUUACAUUAAUAUUAUUGUAUUGUUAUAAAACGUGAAUCGCGUACGCGAGCGCUCGGUCGAUGCACAUAGAAAAUAUUGUACAAGUUCAUAGAUCGUAGUGUUCGAAGCCAGAAGAGGAAGUACAGAGUAUAUACGGAGCGAGCGAUCAUCGUCAACGUAUAAGAAGUCUUCUGCUAGUAUCCAGAAGAGGGCCGCGAAUUCGUCGCAAAUUUUAUUAUCAUACAGUAGGACUACAUCUUACGAUAUAAUCGGCAUUUAUAUACAGAAAACACACACGGGCACACACGCGAGAGAUCAAAUAAUUCGCUGGGCGAUCGCGUGCGUGGGGUUGAUAUCUCGCGCUCGUCGGUUUCAGUGUCUAUAUAUCGCUCGCGCGAGUCAAGACUCGAGCAGCGCACAUUCCGCGGAGAGCAGUCGAGAGAGAGUCGAUCGUAGGUAUAUUUUUCGGGGAAAAAAAAGCCUUCUUCUGGCGAUAGAUAUAUACACGCGAUUCAGCGUAUAUAACACAGUGCCACCAAAGUGCGCGGGUACACGCGAGGAAGGGAAGCAGCAGCAGCAGCAGAGUAAGAAAAACUCGUGGGUGAGAGUUUCGCGUGUCUUUCGUCGCCCUGGCUUAGUAUGGCCGCAACAAGGACGAACCUCAGGAACUCAACGAGCUCGACGCAGGCUAGCAACAAUCCGGCAUCGAAUCACAAUCUACAGCAGCAGCAGCCACAGCAGCAGCCACAGUUCAAUGUCAGCGACAAUCAGUACUUUUACGAGGACCUCGUCUACAGGGUCGACAAGAAGGGCAAUGUCGAGUUCGGCAUCGUCAUGGGCAACGACGACCAGGACAUGUCCGAGGACAGCAGCAGCAACGAGGACAGCCCCAAGCGCAAAAAGGGCGAGAUACGCGUCGUCUGGCAUCCAUCUGGCGUCGAGGAGCUCAUCAAUUCCAAAAAGUUGAUGUUUCAGGUGCAUUUGGCUGAUAGAACGUUAAUGCCUGGUGACGUUGUAAGACGUAUGAUAAAAGGAAAAGAUACUCAAAGAGGCUACUGCAGAGAUAUUGACUUGACCGCUAGCGUUCAAGUUAUUGGUACAAAACAAGUACUAACAAAUAUUAAAAGUGAAGACUUGGUACCUUUAGAAGAAUUUGCUGCUGACAUAGCAGUUUGUAUGGAUUCUUGGGUUGGAGGAAUAAGAAUGGUUCAUUAUAAACUCUGGUUGGUUACUCCAGAUGGAUCUCGUUGUAUUGUUAAUGAAAUGAAUGCUCAACGUUUGGACCAAGAGGAAAAACCAGAUAGAGAUAAUGAUUUUCCUCGUACGUCUGAAUUUUAUCCAGGCCAACACUUAUGGGGUCCUGUACAGUGCUUAGAAGAUGCCCUAUGGUUGCAGUGCACAAAAGAAAUGAAGACUAGGCGCAAAUCAAAAAUGCAACGUGUCACAAAAUUUGUCGUCGAGAAAGUUGAAACCGACUGGGUCGGAGUUCACUGGCAAUGUCGAGCUUAUUCAAAAGAUGGUAUCUGUUCAGACCAAGCACAUCCUAAGUUUGUUGUGGAGGGUGAAGAUCUUAAAAAACUGAAGUUGUUAAAUAUCUUCGAGCCCUCGACUUUACAAGUGGGUGAUAGAAACUUUUAUGUGAUCAAAGGUGAUGAGAAUGUGAUAACUCGUGAACAGUGGCGUAAACAACAAAGAGAAAUAUUUCAAGUUCCUAAGCAAAGUCCAAAAAAAACGCGCAACAUCAAUAUGUCUAAGGAAUCCGUAGAAGAAAAAAUUAAACGCGAAAGGGACAAGUCCCUCGAAACUCAGAAAGAUAAUUCGAAAGACAGUUCAAAAGAUAGUGCAAAAGAUAGUGCAAAUGCAAGUUCGGAAGUAAAUAACGUUAGUGAAACAUGCGAAAAAAAAGUGAGCAAUGAAAAUGUUUCGAGCAACCACUUGCAAGUCCCAGUCGUGCAUCGUAAUCCUGAAAGUUCGGAUGAUUGGGAAUCUACCGAUACCUGUUCACAAAGCGAUUCAGCUUCAAUAUCGAGCGGAUGUUCAAGCUUAUCGUCAAUGGGAAAAAAGAAAAAGGGCCCAACUUUAGUGACAAAAGUUUUAAAGAAGCGGAAAUUGUACAGAGCCAAGAAAAAAAUUCCACCUCCACCGUUGGUCGCGGGCGCGAAAAUCGUUGUAGAAACGCUAUCAACGACAACAAAAGCAACUGUUGUUUGGCAAGAUGGUUCGGUUGAAACAGACAUACCAUCAACGCAGUUAUACCCAAUUCAUCACUUAGAUGAUAAAGAGUUCUUCCCUGGUGAUUUCGUUGUCGACCAAAAAGAAGAGUCCAGGAUGUACGGCGUCGUUCAAAGUGUCGAUCAUCAAGGCAGGACAGCGAAAAUUAAAUGGUUUACAACCUACACUUCUAGUCAGAGCCCAACACCAACUUUUCUGGAGGAGCGCGAGGUCAGCGUGUACGAUCUGAAGGAUCAUCCGGACUUCCAGUACAGACCCGGCACCGUGGUCAUUCGCAUCGCCAACUUCGAGGGCGAGGACUCGGGCUGCACCGCGGGCCAGGUGCUCGACAACUUUCCCGAGGGUCGCGUCAAGGUCUGGUGGGUCGACGGCCACGUGAGCAUGUGCUGGCCCCAGGACCUCUACAAGAUCGGCGAGUACGACAGCGACGAGGGCGAGCUCUGGGACGACGCGUCGAGCGAGGCCUCGUGGGAGACGGAGCUCGAGGACAGCUGCGUCGCCGACAGCAGCGUCGGCGACAACAACGGCGGCGGCGGCGGCAACAACAAGCUGAAUCCCGACAACAUAAAGCCGAAAUUGGCGGCGCACAUCGAGAAGGCGCGAAUAGCCAUGUCGAGGCUCGAGGAGAUAUUCACGCAGAAUCCCGCCCUGCAGACUACCGAGGUCAUGAGGAAGUUGCUCGAGGUUUACAAAGACUGCCGCUACAUGGACAAAUUGAUGGGUACUUCGUUUUUCCACGAGAGCCACUUCCAAGGUUUGCUCGAGAGAGUCAGAGAGAGGGGACGAGCUAACGUUGCCCAAAGAAUGGCUGAACAGGUGAACAGAUUGUUUACUCAAUCCGAAAAUGCUUCUGAAAACGAUGUGGAUCUCGUUGGUGUAAAACCGAUCGAUGCUUCUAAAAGCGGCGAUGAUUCGUUCGAAAAGUCAGGCUUGGAUGAAGUCAACGUUAUCUUCACCGAGGACGAAUCUCUGAUCAUUAGCGAUGAAAAUCAAAGCGAUCCAGCGGUCGCCGAACAAAAUUCUAAUCAGCUUUUCGUCAGCAUCAAUCGGAAUCCCGAAGAUUCCGGUUUAUACUCCGCCGAGAUGUCUAAGAAAGAAUCGAGCUCGAGCGAUACCAGCGGCGAAUUCAUUCUGAGCGAAGAUACCAAUAACAUGGACCGAUCACCCGCGCAAUCCGAAGGGUCCAAGACCUCGCCGCUUCCUGAAAAUCAUCUAAGUACUCCGCACGUUUGUGUCAAGCUCUGCAAUCUCAUCAAAGCUCAACUAGUUCUAGCACACGCUGAAGUCUCAAAGAGAUUCGAUCUGCCGAAAAUUUCUCUGUCCGACGCCGCUAAAACGGUGAUCGCUAGCAACGCCAGUAAUAUCAGUAUCACCAGCAAUACUGGUAAAAAGGUGAAAAAAGCCGAGGAUAAAAAAAUCGAGUUUCUGUCGGAACCCUCAGAAACAUCCCUGGAGGAGAUUCCCGCGCCCGUGUAUCCGGAAGGCGAAGGUUUUUCCAUAGACGAGACGGCGCCGGACAGUCACAAGUUCAAGCUGACCAUGUUCCAGCCGACCGAUCGAGCGAACUUCUUCCGCACAGUCUCGAAGGAGCUGAAACUGUUAAAAAGUUCACUGCCACCUGGUAUAUGGGUCAAGGGCUUCGAGGAUCGCAUGGAUCUGUACUCGGUCAUGAUGCGCGGACCGGAAAAAACCCCGUACGAGGAUGGCCUCUUCCUGUUUGACUUCCAACUGUCGGUCGAUUAUCCUUCCGCGCCGCCGCUCUGCCAUUACAUCUCGUACUGCAGCGAUCGACUCAAUCCGAAUCUUUACGAGGACGGCAAGGUGUGCGUGAGUCUAUUGGGCACGUGGGCCGGACGCGGCACCGAAGUCUGGACCAGCUCGUCGACUUUGCUCCAAGUUAUCGUAUCGAUUCAGGGGCUUAUUCUCGUGGCUGAACCAUACUUCAACGAGGCUGGAUUCGAAAAACAGAAGGGUUCACAGCAGGGCCGUGAAAAUUCAAGAAUGUACAACGAGAUGGUCGUUCUGAUGCUCGUGCAGUCGCAGACCAAAUUAAUUCAAUACCCACCGCCAGUGUUUAAAGAUGCCAUAAUUCAACACUUUGAAAAGCACGCGGAAAAAUUACUGAAAAGACUGGAACUCUGGAUGGAAAUUUCAGAGCAGUACAAUAAUCAGCACCCCUUGUCGCCGGUUACACCGACUACUUUCAAAGAAACUUCGCCAUUCGACAAACAAAUUCUACCCGAGUUCCCACUGAUACCCGCGUCGAAAGGCUUCUGCAUAACUCUCAAAAAUACUCUUGCAAAUUUCAAGCGCACCCUCAUUCGCGAGGGUAUAAUCAAGCUUCCACUGGAAACGUCGAUGACGCAAAGCGCAACCGACGAGACGAGUCUGAACGAGUCGCCGAAGGGUCGCAAGAGUUUCCCGACCGAUGGGAUCAGCGGCACCUCGACUCCGGAGCGCGUCGUCGUGUGCUCGGCAAACAAUCAGGGUAACAGGAACAGCAGCGCCGCCGUCGUCGAGCUGAACGAGUCGACGACGAAACGCGACAGCAUCGAGCGUAACUCCAGCUAGCCACAAGGUAAACCCAAACGCUUGGCUCGCCAGAACAGUCACGCGACAAUUCGGUAAUACACGUCGAAGAGCUGAGAUCGCUAGUCGUUUACACGCACGAGCCUCGUAUAUGUAUUUCGAAAUUCAUUUCUACGAUCGAUUAUGGUAUACAUCGUACGAUGAAUUAAUCGAAUUUUAAAGAAAAAAAAAGGCAGACUCGACGCUGCGCAAAAACUUUUAAAGGCACACGCAGCUGUGUACACGCGUUACACUGAGCUACACGAUACAGAUAUAUAUGUAGAUCGUGCAGUCAAUUAUUCAGCAGCUCGUCCGGGUACGCUUAACGUAGUAAACUGAACAAAGUGCUUUUAUUCAAUUCGUUGAAUGCAUUAAAACAAAAAAAAAAGAAAAGAAGAAAAAUGGUUUAAUUUCUGCCUCAAAAUUAUUCAUACUUAUUAUCGCACCAAUGAAUGAACUUACGAGUGCGCGUGUAUUUUCAUUGUUUCAGAUGUAACGUAUAGGUGCUUGUUGCGUAUUAAUGAACGUGAAAAUCUAUCGCCGAACUUUAUUUUUACGGAAUAUACCCGAAAAAAAUAAGUUUUUCUUUCAAAAAGAUUCAUCAUCACGAUUAAAUAUCGAUUGUAAUCUAGAGAAGUAUACUUACAUACCUGAAAAAAUUUUAUAGCGUCUAUUGAGCUAUAAAGUUCUUUUAACAAAAAAGAGAGAUUAGUAUUUACUAUUUCUUCGCUCAUACAUUGUUUUUAGAUGUAUCAAAGAUUUUACUAUUAAGGUAGAUAAGAUCAUUUUAAAGGUAAAAUUAUCAAUAACAGUGCCAUUUUAAAAACGAUUUUGGGGCAGAUCUUUUAAUCAUUAGAAUGCAUCAUGUCGUUUGUAUUUAAAACGUUUAGCUUCGUGAUUUUACUCGGGUCGCGUUGUAAUGCAUGUAGUCUAUAUCACAAAAAAACUGCACUCCCAGUUUAACGAAACUACAAUGCUAAGUAUAGUUCACUCGUUCUAUCGGAACCUGAAUAAAAAAAGGCGAGAUUAUUUUUCAAAAUUAGUAAUAAGCAAUUUCAAGCAAUUCAUUGACUUGAGCUUUACGUUGCGUUUAGGUCUUAGGGCAGCGGUAGUUUCGUAUAAGGAUAUCGCUUAAACGGAGUGUCCUACGAGUCGUGGAUAUUGAAAUUCAAUGAGCAAUAAUAUUAAUUGUAUUAUCAAUUAUCAACAUUUAACAAACAAAAAAAAAAUAUAAUCUGAUAUGCGCAAUAUUAGAACAUUAAAAUCUCAUUGACAUUUUAAAUCCGAAUGCACGAGAAAAAAAAAAGAUUAUUGUUAGCAAUACGAUUGCGCGGUGAGAUGUAAGAUAGCUGUAAGAGCAUGCAAUUGCGAAAAGUAGUCCAGGACUACUGUGCGUCGUUGAGUUUUACAUGCGCAGCUUAUAUAGAAUUCCAUCCAUUAUUAAGAGGCGACGUUGUGGAUACGAAGUGAAAAGAACGAGAUACAAAAGUUAUAGUUAUUACAGAUAGAAUAAACUAUUAUUAUUAAGUACGUAGUUUUUAGGGGAAAAAGAAGUAGACGAUUCUACUCGUAGAAUCAAGAAAACAUUGAUUAUUCUCUUUAAAAAAAAGUGUAAUUAUUAAUCAAUCCUUUCGAGCAAUUCUUGUCGAUGAAAUUUCUUUCGAUGGUUCAGCAUUAUUUGUUAAAUAACUAUUAAAAAAUGGCUACUUGGAAAUAAGAAAAAAAUUAUAUUGUUCGCACCGAGUACAUACCUACGAUCGCGAGUAUCGAUUCAGUAUUACUUAUAUGUUUAAGUUCAUAAACUUAUUUUGUAAAACAUAAAUGUUGAUUAUACUUUUAUCAUUUGUUCAGAAAUAUUACUCGAGCUUCUGAAGCAUAUAAAUUGUUACCAAAUAAA